CACGGUGAGCUCGGCACCGCCAGCGGGCCGUGCGCCGGGGCCGGGGCGGGUGCAAGGGCUGGGGCGGAGUUUUUGCGCCCGGGCUCCCUCCCGCGGCAGUUAAAACGAGCUGGCGUUGCCGGGGCUCCAGCGCGCCUUCCAGAAUCCCAGUUGGAGUCUUCGCUUCUUUCCUGGAACCUCGGACCUCGCUUCGCUCGAGAUGGACCCCAAUUGCUCCUGCUCCUCAGGUGACUCCUGCACCUGUGCCAGCUCCUGCAAAUGCAAGGAAUGCAAAUGCACCUCCUGCAAGAAGAGCUGCUGCUCUUGCUGCCCUGUGGGCUGUGCCAAGUGUGCCCAGGGCUGCAUCUGCAAAGGGGCGUCGGACAAGUGCAGCUGCUGUGCCUGAUGCAGACGGAGCCUGGCUCCCUGAUGUACA